AUGAAUGAUGUUGUGAUUGGAAGUCCUCGUAAGAGGAAACGUCGAGAUCCAUCUAAUUACAAACUAAAUAUUGUUAAAGAGGCUCGAAUAAAGGGACAAUCUUAUGUCAGCCAUAAGGGGAAAGAAGUGCCAGCCAAGAAACCACAAUUUGAUUGCAGUGUCUUUGUUUUGUUUCAGAGAUACGUAGUAAAGACAGACCGAUGCGGCGAUAUAGUCAUCCAUGUCCAGGGUGAUGUCUCUCAACAAGACAAGAGAGCCGUUUUCCUUACAGUCCAUGACCUUGGGUGUAACCGUAAAUUACUCUCGUUUGAGGACUUCAUAACAAGCCCUGUAUUGAGUGACAUCAAGGAACGGUCUAUAUUUAUCCAUGUAGAUGUUCCUGGGCAUGAAGACAACGCAGAUCCACUGCCUGACUCGUUCCAGUUCCCAUCAUCUCCAGCACAGCCAUUGGGAGAGGGUGCAGGGGCCAAUGUCUUGGCGAGGUUUGGGGCUGGGCUCUAUCCACCAGCGGACACCCUCGGGAUGAUACUCCACUCAACUGCACUGGCUGCGGCUACCACCGUCAAGGACAACUUCAAAAGCUAA